ACCCAAGCAAGCAAGAGGUAUGCGUCAGUCUAUGAAGUCCAAUAAAGCUCUUAUGAAAAGUGCUCUCUCUCUCUCUCUCUGCUACCACCCUCACUCCUCUCUCUUCUUUCCCUUAGUAGUUAGUAGCAAAGCAAAACUUCUCUAGUACGGUGCAUCGCGCUCUACUUCUACCAUCACAUGCUCAACAAGUUCGUGAUCUUACUCUUAUCAACAACACACCCAUCCUUCCACGCAGGGAACUUCAGCCACGUGCUCCUCUCAUAGGUAUUACUGUAACUGCUAUUCUUCUCUCUCUCUGCGAUGGUCUUUGUGCCACUCUUCUUAUUUCUUUGGAUGCUUCCCUUCUCUCUCUCUCGGGUUUCGAGCUCCCUCUCUCUCUUUGUUCUCUAAAGACCGAACAAAAUGGCCUUCAGAGGAAGAAGAUUCACCUUUCUGUCUUCACAUUUUGCCAUACCCAAAUGCCCCCCUCUCUCUCUAUGCGUUGACAAUUUUUUGUUAUUGAAAAAUUGGACGCUGUGAAGACUAUUGAAGUAGUGAAAUCUAUUGAUUGAGCAUACCAACUAAGUUCUUGGCAAUACAAAGAUUGUUACAUAGUUAUUUUGAAGAAAAAAAUAAUAUAGAAAUUCCAUUAAGAGAUUUUUUGGACACCUUUUGUGACUUGUGAGGUUUGUAUAUUCCAAUUUCCAAAAUGGGGUGUGUUUUGUCAAGUAUUGAUGAGGAUGAGAACAUUCGCAAGUGCAAGGAAAGGAAGAGGGCGAUUAAGCAGUUGGUGAAGAUUAGAGGGGAGUUUUCUGAUUCCCUAUUAGCUUAUUUGAAAGCAUUGAGGAACACUGGUGCUACCCUUAGGCAAUUCACUGAGUCUGAUUCGAUUGAGUUUGAAACUGCCUCUAAUGGCAUUGCUGAGCCGGCUUCUCCAUCUCAUCAUCUGCUUGCAUCCCCUCUGCGGCCGCCACCACGGCCUCCUUUUCUUGCUGACAAGAAUACGGUGAACGAAGAUGAAAUACUAGAGAAUGCCGACAGCAAUGUGCCUCCGCUGCUAAUUGACUCAAGUUUGAGCUCGAUAGGGCUGUUUCGAAGCACUGAUAGAAGAGAAAUAGUAGAAUCAAUAGAGGAGGAUAAUUGGGAAGAAACCAAAACAGAAUUUGAGGAUGAAGAAGCAGAAGCAGAAGCUGCUGCAAUUGCUGAAAGAUUGCGUAGGGGAAAACAAAAGUUGAUUGAACCAGUUGACGAAAAUUCCUCUGCUAUGAGUUUGUACAGAAAAGAAACUACAGCUAUGCCUGUGGCGGUUGGUAGAAGUGGGAAAACAUUGGAGGCUAUAGGUAAAGAGCUGGAUGAUCAUUUCCUGAAAGCAUCUGGAUGUAUAAAGGAAAUUGCUGUUAUUUUAGAUAUCAGUGGAGGAGAUACACUUCUACGGCAGAAUUCUGGGCAUCUUGAUAGGAAGAGAGGCAAUUCUGCAAAGGUCUUCAGUGUACUAUCAUGGAGUAGGUAUUCAAAAUCACCCCCAUCCACCAAAGAUGGUGCUGAAUUUUCUGGUCGUAGUGAACCAUGCAAGCCUGGAGCUCAUUGUGCCACACUUAAAAAAUUAUAUGCAGCAGAGAAGAAACUUUUCAAGGCAUUAAAGGAGGAGGGAAUUGUUGCAUUGGAGUUUGACAGGAAGUCCAUGUUAUUGCGUAAACAAGAGGAUGAGAAUCUUGACGUGGUCAAGAUUGACAAAACUCGAUCAAGUGUUGAUAAGUUGGAGUCCGAUUUAAUAAGCCUAAGGCAGUGCAUUAGUGACACAACUUCAUCAAUUUUGGAAAUGAUAGAUGAGGAGCUUUUACCCCAGCUGGUUGCAUUAACUGCAGGGUUGACACAAAUGUGGAGGACAAUGCAUGAGUCCCAUAAAGCCCAAGCACUCAUCUCCCAGCAUUUGAGUAACCUCAGUGAUAAUCAUAACAUGAUACUAAAUUCGGAAUAUCAUCACCAGGCUACUAUUCAAUUUGAGACUGAGGCUUCUUAUUGGUAUAAUAGCUUUUGCAAACUUGUAAAAUUUCAACGGGAGUAUGUGAGGACCCUCUAUGAGUGGAUUAAGCUUGCUGAAAGCCUCAAGGAUAGUAAUGAAUGUAGCAAUCAUUCUUCUAUUCUUGCCAUUUGUGAUCAGUGGGAGCGUGGGCUUAAUGAGUCACCUGACAAGGAGACCUCUGAAGCAAUAAAAAGCCUUGUGUCAUGCAUCCGUUCCAUAACUGGCCAACAGAUUCAGGAAGAUAACAUUCUGAAAAGGUUAGAAAAACUCGAUAGGAAAUUCCAAAAAUGCUUGAACUCCUUGGCUGAGAUGCAGCAAAGAAUUGAUGGAGAUAUGGCUGAUACAAGCCCCAGGCAUCCAAUACAUCUUAAGAAAACUGAAACCGAAGCCCUUAAGAAGCAAGUGGAAAGUGCGAAAGCAAAUUAUUUGGAUGCUGUUCAGUAUAGUAGGGCCAUGACCCUAGAUCACCUCCAAAAGACACUUCCCCCUCUCUUCCAGUCACUGAUGGAGUUUUCAAAUGCUUCAGCUCAGGCUAUUGAGGCUAUCAAUACCACAGGAAAGCCAGUAGAGUAGAGUGCAGGACAUUGCAUCACAUCUUUUUUUCUAUUGCCUGGUGCUUUGGAUGGUAUGAGCACAAAAUAUAUGUAUUGUAAAUUGUGUUCUUGACAGUUUGUAAACUGAAACAAAAUUGUGUUCUUGACAGUUUGUAAACUGAAACAAAAUUGUGUUGAGCCAUUUUUGUAUGGUAUCAAAAUUAUAUACACUUCUGUAUA